AGUACAUAAAUCAUCCUUGUCUAUGAUAUGUCAAUCAACGCAUUUUUGCUCGAAAAUUACACUAAAUAAUUAAGUAUCUUAAAUUCUGACCCCGCCGUCAAUUCCAAACACUCUUCCCCUCCCUCAUCAAUGGAGAAAAAAAGGUGAGUUUUCAAACUUAUAUUUUACUUGACCUAUAUAGCUAUAUUUAUUCCCUAGGCCAUGAUACUAUUAUCAAAUGUUCCAAUCUUGCAAUGGUUGAAACCUUAAUGAACAUGUUAUUCUUUAUUCUCUCAUAUAUGUGAAACUCAUGUUAUGAAAAAAGUAUUAUAGGUGUUACCUUCUCAAAAGAAAAAGUGUUAGUAAAUAUAUAGCCAAAUUAUUUCACAUUCAAACACAUUUAAUUUUCUUGAAAAUGAGUUCACUAAAUAUUUUCCCUUCUACCUUGAUAUCUAAUAAAAAAUUCCCAAUAAUUUUCCAAGAAAAAAACUCCCAAUUUUCUCUUCAUCAAAAAAAGAAUUUACAACUUCAUCAUGACCAAAAAUAUGUUUCUAAUUUUAUUCAAUUAAACCAAGUUUCAUCCAAAAGAAAUUGCUUAUUAUAUCCUUUGAAAUGUAAUAAAUCAGAUAAUUCAGAAAAUAAUAAUCCAGAAGAAGAUCCAAAAGCUAUGGAAACAGUACAAAAACUCUAUAAAGCACUUAAAAAUAAAAAUCUUAUUGAAUUGUCUGAUAUAAUUGGAGAAGAAUGUAGAUGCAUUAGCAAUGUUGCCUCAUCCUUACAAACUUUCUAUGGCAAGGAGCAAGUAAUUGAUUUCUUCAAAUCAAUCAUAAAACUCCUUGGGAAUGAUAAUUUUGAGUUUGUUUUCAAACCUACUACACAUGAUGGAACACAUGUUGGGGUUGCUUGGAAACUAGAAUGCAGUGACACUCAUAUUCCUAUUGUGAAAGGUUUUGGAUUCUAUCAUUGCCAUUAUUACAAGGGUCGUAUGAUGCUAAGGAACGUGGAGAUGAUCAUGGAGCCCCUCCUUCAAAUUGAGCCACUUAGAUUGAAAAUAUCAUCCUUCCUUUUGAGAGCAAUUCAAAAGAUGACUCCAAAUAUUUUGAAGGGAAAGAUGAAAGAGGCUAUGAAAAUCUUGUUUAUGAUUCUACUAUUUGUAGCCUUGCUGUAUUUGAUUAAGAACUUCAUGUAAUUCACUAGUAUUUUUCUUUUUUGAUCCAUGACAAAUAUGAAUUUUCAGACCUCACUUGUGGAAUUAUACUAGAUAUGUUGUUGUAGCGAUUCUGAGUUGCUUCUUAUGUGAUGAAUCUUCAUAGAUGGUAGAAAUUUUUGGUGCCAUCUAUGAAGACUAUCACAGAACGAGCAACUCAAAAUCGAUAUGCUAUAUAAAAGCAUUAGGAAAGAGACAUAACAAUGAUGUUUAUAAUGUCACACCUCUGUAACUAGUCAUAGGAGAUCAUUUCCACAACGAGGGCAACGAAAGGACUAAGAAAACAGAAAUUUUAUAUCAACGACGAAAGAGAAAUAUACUCUCCAAUGUAUAUUGUAGACCAGACAUGACUUUUUGUCCACCUCUAUUAAGUUGGCAAACUAUAUGUGUUUA